GGAUCAAGUACAGGAUCCAUACUGUCUGUGUGUUUGCAGAUUUUAUGAUAUUAUUAUUAGAAUUAUUAUUAACAAUAAUAAUUAUAACAACUGAGUUUUAUUGUUUGUUAUUUUAGUUUAAUAAAAAUGGAAUAAAAAAGCAAGACACUUUUGGACCCACGUGUUUUACACGACUUACAAAUUGAACCAGGAAGUGUGUGUUGCUGUAAGUGAUUGUGUGAGCAAAAUGGCAGAAGCGAAUAUUGUAGGACUCAGUUGUUCAAUCUGUCUGGAUCUACUCAAGGAUCCAGCAGCUCUUUCCUGUGGACACAGUUUCUGUAUGAAGUGUAUUAAUGACUGCUGGGAUCAGGAGGAUCAGAAGGGAGUCUAUAGCUGUCCUCAGUGUAGACAAACCUUCACUCCAAGACCUGCCGUGAGUAAAAACAUCGCUUUGGCUGAAGUAGUGGAGACUCUGAAGAAGACAGAAGUCCAACCUACACCUCCUGCUCAGUGUUCAGCUGAACCUGAAGAUGUGGAGUGUGAUUUCUGCACUGAGAGAAAACACAAAGCCAUCAAGUCCUGUCUGGUGUGUCUGGCCUCUUUCUGUGAGACUCACCUCCAGCCUCACUAUAAAUCUCCUGCCUUUAAGAAGCACAAGCUGGUGGAAGCCUCCAGACGACUCCAGGAGCAGAUCUGCUCUCAGCAUGACAAACUGCUGGAGGUUUACUGUCGCACUGACCAGCAGUGUAUCUGCAUGUUGUGUACCAUGGAUCAACAUAAAGGACAUGAUACAGUAUCAGCUGCAGUAGGACGAGCUGAGAAACAGAAACUGUUGUUGGAGGAGAAGGAAAAGUGCCAGCAGAAAAUCCAGGAGAGAGAGCAGGAGCUUCAGGCCCUAACAAAAGCUGUGGCAUUUCACAAGCUCUCAGCACAGACAGCACUUCAGGAAAGUGAAAGGAUAUUUACUGAACUUGUGAAAACCAUGGAGAAAAGAUGCUUUGAAUUGAAAGAGCUGAUCAGAGCUCAGGAGAUAGCUGCAGUAAGUUGUGCUGAAAAAGUCAUGAAGCAACUGGAGCAGGAGAUUGCAGAGCUGAAGAGAAGAGAUAAUGAAAUGGAGGAGCUCUCACAUACAGAGGAUAAUAUUUAUUUCCUCCAGAGUUUUCAAUCUCCCACAAAUUUACCUGGAUCUGAAGAUUUACCCACCAUUGUCGUCAGUUCUUUCCUCUCUUUUGAAGAUGUACAAAAGUCUGUGUAUCAGUUGCAAGAGACACUGGAAACAUGCUUUAUAGAGCAGUUUGAGAAGAUAUCAAGUGAAGUUAAUAAAGUCCUGAUCUUACCACAUCAAAGCAGAGAAGAGUGUCUACAAUAUUUUUGUCAGCUCACAUUGGAUCCCAACACAGCAAAUCAGCGUCUCAAGCUGUCUGACUCUGACAGAAUGGCAACUGACCAAGACAUCCAGAAUAAAUAUAGUUAUAAAAGGCAUGGUGGUAUAAAAACUAAGCGCAUAGAGAGGUAUGAACAUCCAGAGAGCUUUAAUUAUCACUCCCAGGUGUUGUGUAGGGAGAGUGUGCCUGAUCUCUGUUACUGGGAGGUGGAGUGGAGUGGAAAUAAUGGGGUUUCUAUUGCAGUGUCAUACUCAGACAUCACAAGGAAGGGAAGUGGUAAUGAGUGUGUUUUUGGGCGUAAUGAUAACUCUUGGAGUUUGCAGUGCUCCUCUUCCAGUUGCUCAUUUUUACACAACAAUCAAGAAACUAAUAUCUCAGUAGAACCCACCGGCUCUAAAAUAGGAGUGUUUGUGGAUCAAAAGGCAGAAAAUCUGUCUUUCUACAGCGUCUCUGACACAAUGAAACUUCUCCACAGAGUUCGCACCACAUUCACUCAGCCUCUCUACCCUGGGUUUGGGCUAAAUACCUACUCAACUGUGCAAUUGAAAAUGGAUCAUUUUGAAACAUUAACUCUGUAGGUUUCACAUCACAAUAAUAAUUAAAUCAAAUUAUGCUAUGUGCUAUUUUUGGUUAAAAUAAAUAAAUAAAUAAAUUAAAUUAUGUAUACAAUACAAAGAUCCUUUGAUUGCGAGCAUAAGUCGUUCAGUGAGCAGACUCGUAUUUCAAAACACUCAUAAUUCAAAGCAAAUUUCCCCAUAAGAAAUAAUGGAAACUCAAAUUAUUCGUUCCACAGCCCAAAAAAAUAAAUACAUAAAAAUAAUUUAUACAAAAUGUAAAGUUAAAAUAUAACAAAUUAACCUGCACUUUACCUUUAAAAAAAGCAAAAAUAAAUCCAAACAGAUAGUGUUUGUUUGCACACGCCACUGUGUAUGUGUGUGUGUGUGUGUAUGUGUGUUUGUUUGUGUGUAAAGCUAAAGUAAAAGGAGAGAAGGAAUCAGACCCUCCCCUCUCCCGCUUCUCGUCUUACACAGUAACCCACCCUCUCUUAUUUGAUUAUCACACACAUACACACACACACAAACACACACACACAUUAAUGUAAACACUGUUUUAUCUGGAAAAUUAACAAGGAACAUCACUUAUGACACUUAAGUGAGCCACACACUAACGGUAGUAAAAAUAAAGUAAAAAUAAAACAAAUUAACCUGCAUGUUACCUUUUAAAAUAAUUGUCUGUUAAGCGUGUGUUUGUGUGUGUGUGUGUGUGUGAGUGUGUGUGUGAAGGCGAGAGGAGGAGGGGUGUGUGUGAAAGAGAAAGGAGGGGGAAGGGGUAUGCUGUCCAAUGAUGCGCACGCUAACACACACAAAGUGCAGUGCAUGCUGACCCAAAAAGAGAGAGAGAGAGAAUGGACCUCUCUAAUGAGACUUGCUUUUGCUUUACACAUGCGCACACACGUGUGGUAUAAUAAACAGUACACGUGCAAGUAAAAGGUUGACUUUCACACUCACACACAUACAAACAAAAUUAAAUAUGUUUUACGCACACGUACAUGGUCACAGUGUUAUAGUAAACAGUACAUGCAUACACAGAUGUUGAUUAUACCAGUAGGCGAUGCGCACUACCUGCAGGGGUGACGUUUACCCACAAUUCCGCAGUGCAAGAGAGAGAAAAAACGUUGGCGCAGUUGUGAUCACAUGACGCUCGGCAUCAGAACAAGAAGCGCAUGUGUGAUACAUGAUACUCGUUACUCGUAAACCAAGACUUGUUCGUUUUCCAAGUCGAAAUUUAUUAAAAAUCCUUGCUCGUCUUGCGGAACACUCGCAAACCGCAUUACUCGCAAUCCAUAUAUAUACAGACUGUAUUUUUUACCAAUUAAAGCAUUUAAAGAAAUAGAUCCUAAUGCAAUCAAAAAAGACAAUGUUGGUGCUAACUAAACUAAAUAUGUGUUAUCAUAUGUAUAUGACAGGAUUCUUUAUGUAGAAAAGCUCCUGCUUAAUUUGACAGCAUUUGCUUGUUUGCUUAUAGACUUUUCAAACUUCCUGUAUCAUGCAAUGACAUCUUGGCUGUUGCUGUAAUGUACUUUACCAUAAUCAAUAAACUUUACUGUAAUUGCCAUUCAAUGCUUUUUCUUUGACUCAUAAAAACUGCUUUGAUAUUCUUUUUAUUUGUUCUUUCUUUUUUCUAAAUUAUUCUUUAAUUUAAGAUCCCUAAGGCAUGUUAUCAGAAGUCUCAUAUAAUUCAACAUAUGACUUUGUGGUUGCACUGGUAUUUUUUACUGUUUCUGCUUGAACUACUGUAUAAGUAUUUUUCUUUAUUUUGUUCUUUUUUCUCCUUCUUACGCUGUAUGCAGUAUGCAUAGGAUUGCCAUCAUUAUCAAGGUAUUGUUUAUGUAUUUGACAGUUUGCAUAAAACAA